AGCGCCGCCCCGGGGAGCCCGCGGCGCGGCUCUCUGGGGCAGCGGGCGGGGGGGCGGCCCCUCAGCGCGGUGCGGCGGCGGGAGCCGCGGGCUCGGCGGGCCGCGCGCAGCCGCCUUCCCCCGCCGGCUCGGCUCGGCGCGACGCGGCUCGGCGCGGCGGCGAACAAAGGGCCCCGCGGGCGGCGGCGCCCCGCGCGCCGGUUUCGCCUUUCGGCGCCCGCAACUCUGAUUAAAAGCAGGAAAAAAUACUUUCCAAACAGAAUGCGGCUUACCUUUUGCCUGAAAAGGUGAAAUCUUUCAAGCAAAAAUGGCUGACAAAGGUGUGAAGAUACUUCCAGGACAAAUGUACAUUGAAGUGGAGUAUGACUAUGAAUAUGAGGCCAAGGACAAGAAAAUUGUGAUUAAACAAGGGGAGAAAUACAUCUUGGUGAAAAAGACUAACGAUGACUGGUGGCAAGUCAAAAGGGAUGAGAAUUCCAAACCCUUCUAUGUGCCAGCGCAGUACGUGAAGGAGAUACCCCGAAAAGCACUGAUGCCACCUGUUAAGCAAGCAGGUAUGCUGCCAAAUAGCACACUGAAGUUGACACAUGUAUUACAGAGAUCAACAGAAAAUGUGAAUAAGCUACCAGAGCUUUCUAGUUUUGGAAAAUCUUCUCCGGUUCAAGUGUCUUGCUUAGUUCGAGAUGCCAAUCAAAAUGUGGGACCAAACAAUAGCCCCAGUCAAACUCUUGGUUUGAGUCUGGACCUUACCCAAAACAAUGGAAAACUUAACAAUGAAUUGCAGUCUCCCAAGAUUUCCAAUCAGUAUAGAGCCCUCUCUGUGGGCCAUUUCCCAUGUCCAGAGUUCUUGGAAAUAGAGAAAACCAGCUUCUUGCAUGAACAAUCUUGUGAUUCAGCAGGAGAAGGCUCAGAAAAAAUCCAUCAAGAUUCAGAAUCUGGAGAUGAACUCAGUAGUAGCUCCACAGAGCAAGUGCAGCCAACAACUCCACCAAGCCAAGGGAGGCCUGAUUCACCAGUUUAUGCUAAUUUACAAGAACUGAAAAUAUCUCAGUCUGCACUUCCUCCACUACCUGCAAGUGCUCCAGUCCAAAUAAAUGGGGAAUGGGAAACCCAUAAAGAUACCACAGGACGCUAUUAUUACUACAACAGAGGAACACAGGAACGAACCUGGAAACCUCCGCGUUGGGCCCGAGAUGCAAGCAUAAAUAAAGGGGAUUCCCAGAGCCAUGCAGAUCAUGAGCCUCUUUCAUCAGAAGAAAACGACCACAGUUCUUGUUACAGCCAGUCAGAUAGUCAGUAUGGUUCUCCUCCAAAGGGUUGGUCAGAAGAGUUGGAUGAACAUGGUCAAACCUUAUAUACCAAUGACUAUACUAAUGAAAAGUGGAUAAAACAUACAGAUGAACAAGGUAGACCGUACUACUACAGUGCUGAUGGCUCUCGAUCGGAAUGGGAGUUACCUAAGUAUAAUGCUUCACCACAGCAGCAGAGAGAUAUAAUAAAAAGUAGGAGUCUGGACAGGAGGCUGCAAGAACCAAUAGUUUUAACAAAAUGGAGGCACAGUACAAUUGUGUUGGACACCAACGAUAAGGAAUCAUCAACUGCUUCUAAGGCGAGUUUUCCUGAAAAUGAGUCCUCUCCUUCUUCACCAAAACAUCAAGCCACAGGUCAAGAGAAAUAUGGGUUAUUAAACGUGACAAAAAUUACAGAUAAUGGGAAGAAAGUUCGAAAGAACUGGAUGUCUUCAUGGGCAGUGUUACAAGGUUCAUCAUUGCUGUUCACUAAAACCCAAGGAAGUGGAACUGGCUGGAAGUUCGGCGUCAAUCAGUCUAAGCCAGAAUUUACUGUGGAUCUCAAAGGGGCAUUGAUUGACUGGGCUUCAAAGGACAAAUCCAGCAAAAAGAAUGUUAUUGAGCUAAAAACUCGCCAAGGAACUGAGCUCUUGAUUCAAUCCGAUAAUGACAGCUUUAUUAAUGAAUGGUAUAAAGUUCUGAAUUAUACCAUCAACAACCAGGUCAUAGAGCCUGAUGAAGCAUUAGAAGAUGAAGUACCAGAUUCCCCUGGGGUAGAAAAACAAGACAAAGAGAAAGAGAACAAAGACUCUAAGAAACUUCGUUCAGUGAAAGCACCUAGCAGUAUAGAUUCCACAGAACAGAAGAAGACCAAAACAAAGCUGAAGAAAUUUCUUACACGGCGCCCUACGUUACAAGCUGUCCGUGAAAAAGGCUAUAUUAAGGAUCAAGUGUUUGGUUCCAAUCUCACCAGCUUGUGUCAAAGAGAAAACAGCACGGUGCCAAAGUUUGUGAAGCUGUGCAUUGACCAUGUUGAGGAACAUGGAUUAGAUGUUGAUGGCUUGUAUCGAGUUAGUGGCAAUCUUGCAGUGAUACAGAAGCUAAGAUUUGCAGUCAAUCAUGAUGAGAAACUAGACCUGAAUGACAGUAAAUGGGAAGAUAUACAUGUCAUCACAGGAGCUCUAAAGAUGUUUUUCAGAGAAUUGCCAGAGCCGCUUUUCACUUAUCAUCACUUCAAUGACUUUGUCAAUGCAAUUAAGCAAGAACCAAGACAGCGCGUCCAUGCUGUUAAAGAUUUAAUCAAACAGUUGCCAAAACCAAAUCAGGAUACUAUGCAGGUGCUCUUUAGACACCUAAAAAGAGUUGUAGAAAAUGGAGAAAAGAACCGAAUGACCUAUCAAAGUGUAGCAAUCGUUUUUGGUCCAACCUUAUUAAAACCAGAGAAAGAGACUGGUAACAUAGCAGUUCACACAGUAUACCAGAAUCAGAUUGUAGAAUUAAUUCUACUGGAAUUGAAUUCUGUCUUUGGACGCUGACAUUUUUCUAAGAGUGGACACUGGAAAUGAUGAGUUCGCAGCAGUAUUCCAUCAGAAGUCAAAUCUCUCAUUAUACAUGAUGUACUAUGUUUGUGGACCAAGCAGCAACUUGAUUUUGCACUUUUGGGGAGGGGAGAAAUGGGAGAAAUGUUUGAACAGUUAAAUGCAAGUUAAAGAGAACACUUUGGAUUUCUUUGAAAAAUUCUGUGUAAAAAGUGAAUUGAAAAGUUUAUAGUUUACCUUUUUUUUAAAGUAACAUCUGAAAAUUGCAAUAUAGGUUCAUACACUGGAUUUCUUGGGAGAGGAAAGGUAUUAAUCUCAAACUGGAUAGUCUGGAAUUUUAUUUAAAAAUUUUUCCACUUGAUAGGUAGAAGUCCUGUCAACUGGUUAUUAAAAAAAAAAAAAAAUCUAUGAAGUUGCAUCCUAAGCUUAUGUAUUGCAGCCUACACAAAUCUGUGCAACACCUUUCCAUGGGGCUUCUGCAUGCAAUGAAUGUCUUAAAGUUGUUCUAACAGUUUGGUUUAGUUAUUCAGAUCUAAUCCCUCAUUUGAUACCUGUUCUCUUUUUUCCUUUUUUCCCUUUUCCCCUUUUUUUUCCUUUUCUUUUUUUUGUUUUAACUUCUACUUUUUUUUCCUUUUUCCUUUCUGUUCUUUUUCUUUUUUCUCCCAUAGUCAUUCUGGAACUUCUAAGUUGCUUUAUAGAGCAGCACACUAUUUCAAACACUGAACUUGUAAGAAUAUCCAGCAGUGGAUAUUUCUUUUGUGGCAUAAUAGAAGUCAUAUUUAAUAUACAUGUUCCUUUUUUUCCCCAGGAUAUUUCCUGAUUUUUGUGUCAUACUGAUUUACAGCUAAAAUCCUAAGUUAAUGCCGACUUUAACACUGUACUGAGUUCUUGGUAUAAUCCUGUGGUAGUGGAAGUUUCUUGAUGUAAAUACAGGCUGUCUUUUUGGAUUUUGUACAUAAUUCAGUUGUUGUAUAGUUUAAAGACAUUCUAGUCACACAUUUCUAAUCAUGGGUAGACUAGCUACAAUAGCAUAACGUUUCCCGUGGAUGUCUGGGUUUCAGCAGCGAAAUGGGUUAUGGGGAGGGAGGGGGGACCUAACUGUGUGCACUUUUAGAUGUUAAUUACAUUUGCGGGCAAAUAACUGUAAUGCAAAUGGUACUGGAAAAAUACUGAGUGUGCUUGCUAAAUUGUUAAUGCACUACAAGAGGAGCCUUUUAGGUUAUUUAAUAUGUACAGGAUACAUUAGAAAAAUGUAUUAUGAAUUCUAACAUCUACAAAUAGUGAAACUCAUGUUUUGAUAGAUAGAUGUUUGAUGGAAUCCAUGAUACUAAAUUUAAGAAUUUCUUUUUACAUUAAUGUAGAAUUUGUAAAAUUGGUUUUGAAAGAUUUUGUUACAGGGAGCAUGGUCUGCUGAAGAUUUUUUUAAAUGUAUUUUUCUAGACUAACUGCUGUAUCUGACAUAUUUGUUAUGUCUAACCUGAAUAAAGAAAACCAUUAGUUAUUUUGCAGUUUGCCAUUCCCAGCUCAGACAACGUGGACCCCAUUCAAACAGUAAGACUGCUGUAUCUUAUUGCUUAGCAUGGAUGCUGCUUACAGCAGAGAGUCGUCAUGCCGUAUUAGAUGAAUGCUUACUUUAUAACCUGACAAAUUUAGGAAUCUCCCAGUCCCUUUCUUUUAACAACUUUAACUCUGUUGUAAGAUUCAGAGAGGGCAGAAGUGAUUUAUGAAUCUAAAUUGGUGGUCUUUAAACCAUAUCCCAACUUAUUUCACAUAUCCCGACUUAUUUCACCUUUGAUCUGUUGUAUACUUUUCACAACAAAGUUCCACAGCAAAGGGGGUAUGUGGUGAAAUACUGAAGUGUGAUCAGAUGAGCGAUAGGAGAAUUUCAUGAACGUAAGACUUGCAUGAAAUUCUACGUAGAUAAAAGACAAGUUACCUUGUGGCUUUCUCACUGUCUUUUUGUGGUAAUGGUGAAGUCUUGUGGUUUGUUGCAAAGCAACCUGGGUGAGAAUCGUGAUAGCUACAUCUCAGUGUUGUGUUUCAGUCUCCUGUUGGGCUUUCAAACAGGAACUGUGCUGAGUUGCAGGUGUGCCCCAGUCUACUAGAAAAUAAAAUGCAUUGAAAUCUGUUGUUGUAGGGUAUUCAAAUCCCAACUUCAGUUUUAAAAUAAAAACAGAAUUCCCACUGUUAAAUGAGUGCUUCAUUACAGAUCACUUUUUCUGUACGAGUGUUUCUGUAUUCAAAGGAAGGAUGCAUUUUUUAAAAACAAUUUGAUAAUGAGGAUGAACAUAACAUUUUUUCUUGUAUUCUCAUAAAAUAAAGCAUUUUGUUAUUACUAUA